AUGAGUGGCAGUACUCCCCGCACGUCGCUGCGCCAGGGCUUGCGGCAAGCGCCAAAAGCGAACCAGCCCUUCAUCCCGGAUACGGCGCCAGCGAGACGGUCUCAUACUCAUGCGAAUCAGUCACCACAACCGCAAUCAAUGGCUCAACCACAUACGAACUCAACUGGAACCCCGAGCAGUCCUCAGCCCCAUAUUGAGAACUGGGAAGGAAAAGAGCCAAGGCAGGCACCCAUGUCUAUGCGCGAAGUAGCGACACCAGGGAACAGACCUGGCUUGUUUCCCAACGCACACGAGAGGGGAAAGGUAGCCAAGCAGCCUGACUUCUAUGAUCCAUAUUUCCCUCUCAGAUUCCUGGAGGUUCCCAAGUCGGAUCAUAUCUACAAACGAGCGCAUUACGGUCUGCAGUCAGGAAUCCCGGACGAAGUAGAUUUCGCGCUAUACCACCUCGUUCAAAUAUCUAAUCAACGGUGGGAUAAGUUCAAAUUCGAAGGCUUCCCAUUACUGGCGGAGACCUUGAUGGAAAAGGCUAUGGAUGUUUCAAUCAUCUGUACUGGCAUUAAAUGGGAACUACAGUACGAUUUCCGUCAGCCCAUUGACCGUGUCAACGUAUUGAACUCGCUCCACGGUACGCGAGAUAUUCUGGAGAAGAUAAAAAGUAUACCGGUUACUUUACCCAAAGACUCCCUAGAGACAUAUGAAUUCAACCAUCGUCUGCGCAAUGUUAAAGAAGCCACACUAGUCCUGAGAAACAUGGUGCUCUUAAAGGAAAACGCCCUCUAUAUAUCGCGCUAUGCUAAAGGACUGCUAAGAGACUUUUUGGUUGUUCUGAUCAACCUCCCCAACCAACCCCGGCUCAGCGAGAUCAAGAACGAUGCACUGGACAUCGCGGAAGAGGUUACCAAGUUCAUGAGAACCGAUCCCGAAGAUCCACUUUGGAUUUCCCUUCUCAACUGUCUCGAGUCGUCGGAUCGAGCUCAUGUUGUUCGCGCGCUUUGGGCCCUCACCCAUUUCUCGACCGAGUUGGAUGAGCCAGAGCCGAACAGAGCAUUAGAGCGUAUAUCGAAGCAGACCCUGCAACAGAUGUACUUCCAUACUCUGCUAGAUCUGGAUAGAGAUAUUCUGAGUGGUGCACUGGACUUCUGGUACCAAUACACGCUUUCACGUGAGAAUAUCGAGAAUAUGAUCGAUAUCUUCAAUCUUUCCGUCGUUUUUGUGCCGCGUAUGAUAGCACUGCUAAAGCACGACGGCCGACCCAGCAAGAAGGAAACAGUUCUGCAAGAGGAGAAAGUGGCCCCUCCACCAACAGAAAUCCCUCGCGUGCCUCCUGAGCUCUCGAAAGAACUAAUGGAGCUAUCAGAACCUGAACGCAGCUCCCGUUGGUUGCGUUGUUGCUUUACUGAGGAUUCAGACUGCGAGAUCACCCAGAUCGCAUUAUGGCAGGCAUACCAAAGCCGAUUUGCUGAUCCCCGUGUCCCUGGCGGAGGGGUACUUCCAGCAGCGGAGUUUAUCAAGAACGUCAGCACCACGUUUACUAAUGCUCAGGCCCAAGUUAUUAACGGCCCUGGCGCCACGACCAGGUUCAUCAUCAAAGGAAUUCGGCCUCUGGAGACUGUGUAUACUUUCCAAGGAUUUCCUUAUCUCUACUGCAAGUGGGCAGAUGAGUCAAAUCCCCCCAAGACAUGUCAGCGUGCUUUUCCCAGCCCCACGGAUCUACGCAACCAUGUUUUUGCAGACCAUAUGAAACUUGAGGCAGCUGAAACGUCCGGUCACUACAAGCUGGACAAGGCGGAGUCUCCGAUCCAUUCUUGUCAAUGGGAUCACUGCACCAAGUUUCCCUCGUCCAGCCCCAGUGAUAAUACUGCGAUGGUUGCGGGCCAUGUCUCCUCACAUCUGCCGGAAGAGCGGUCUGCAGAUGCAGAGGCGCCUAUUUCGAAGCGUGCUGUCCUCCAAGAGCGCAUUGUCCGCAAGUGGUUCUAUAUGGACACUCCUGUGAACGAUAGAGGCGAACCUGUCGGGGUAGCUUACAAGGCUGCAUUGGUACUACGCAAUCUUGCAAGAAACCUGCCAAACGGGAUUGCACCAAAACUGAACGGCCUUCCAUGGAAGAAAGCCGUAUUCCUCAGCAACCGCCCGAAGAUCGUCGAGAUAUGGGACCGUAACCGAUCCUUACGUAAGGAACUCACCGAACUGAUUAUGAUAAUAGAAAGAGAGGAUUAUUACUGA